GGCUGCUGGUAGAUGCGAUUGGAGAACGAAAAUGGGAUGCAGAGCGCGCGUGCAGCGAGUCCCCAUUCUCAAACGUGAGUGAGCGCGGCCAUCUAGAGGAGGCGUGCGCGCGCUUGAGGGGCUGCGGUCCCAUUGACUAUUCCGUCUCCCUGACAGCAGCAUCAGCAGCAGCAGCGAGCUCGGAAAACAGAGCGCCGAGCGGACUCCGCCUUUUCUCCCAUCAUCCCACCCGAGAGCCCGAGCUCCGAGGCGGCUUCUUCAACAAGCGCAAGACCCCCCUUUUCGACUCGCACAUAUCCUCCAGAUCGGAUAUGGACUACCCUUAACUGGACCUGGAGGGGAGAAGCAGGCGGGCGGGCGGGCGGGGGGUGGGGGGGAGAGAGACAGGAUAAAAAGCCGUAUAGGAAGAGAAGCACAACCGUGGGUGCCCGCUGCAACGAUGAACGGUUUGCCACACUCGCGACAGCCGCGGAUAAGCCAUCGGACUAUGUCCUGAAUAGCGGUUUACAUAGCUGGGAUUGUGCACCGAUAACACAGGGGUAAAUAUGUCCGCCUCGGUGGGGCCCCGCGGCGGCCCUCGCCCACCCACAGCGCAGAGCUCCGUACCCGAGCUUCCGGACCUCAGUCACCUCACCGAGGAGGAGAGGAACAUUAUCAUGGCUGUGAUGGUUCGGCAGAAGGAGGAAGAGGCAAAGGAUGAGGCCAUUCUCAAAGAGGAGAAGCCCAUACAAGCAAAAACAGUGAACCUGGUCGGGAAUAAGAAACCACCUCAGCAGAACGACAUCAGUUUGCACAAGCAGUUUGCCAACUACAAGGAGCAGGUGAGGCGGAUUGGGCCGGAGCCCCCCCAACAGAGGCAGCAGGGCCAACACAAGGAUGAUGCCCCCACCUGUGGCAUCUGCCACAAGACCAAGUUUGCUGAUGGCUGCGGAAACCUGUGCUCCUACUGCCAGACUAAGUUCUGUGCCCGGUGCGGGGGAAGGGUCUCUCUGCCUUCCAAUAACGUAAUGUGGGUAUGUAACCAGUGCCGAAGGCAACAGGAUAUGCUCACUAAAUCAGAAGAGUGGUUUCCCAGCCAAGGGCCCAAGCCUGGAGAGCUGGGGUCAGCAGUGAGUGAACCGACCAUGUGUGGAGAUUCCAUUGGGGAGAAGAAGGUGCACUCUAGGUCUCAGAACCCUCUCAACUCCUCAGUUUCCACUGCCCAUGACUCCCAGUCAUCUGCCCCAACUGACCCCAGAAAAGGCCCCGCCACAGGGCAAGCCGACAUGCUAUCAUCACGCUCACGCAGUGAGCCUCCACAAGGAAGAAAGAAACCACCAGCAGCAUCUGAUCAGAAUGGCAAGCUAGGGCCAAGAGGUGAGAGGCGGCGAGGCCUAUCCAAAAUCCAUUCCGAAGAGCGAGAUACUGGAGAAAAUCGGAGAGAAAGUCGAAGACUGAUGAAGACUCGUUCUCAGGAGCACGACAGUCCUGAGACCAGGAGGACUGAGGGGGAGCAGAAACCACCCAGGGAACAGUGCAGGACUGACCCAAAUACUCCACAUCAUCUGGCCAAACUCCAGCCGGCGGAGGAAGCAGGGGAAAUAGUGCAGGACAACAGAGGUGCACGGAGAUGGGCAGAUGGGCGGCAGGCCUCGCUGGAGGGCCAGCAGCAGGCCUACGCCCCAGAAAGGACCGCGGGGGGGUCCUCCUCCUAA